UUUACCACAACAACGAAGGCGGGGGAAAGAUCUCGCGCCAAUAAAACAUAAAACGUGAUCCAACGAUAUCCAAUAACAAAGUGAAGUGGAACAGAAGCUAAUAGUCGCACAGGGAACCAGCAGCAAGCUAAUUAAGCUUAAUUAAGGAGACAAAAGACGCUUUGGCUAUAAAAUUUAUUGUUAAAGGAAAGGUGCUUAUGGAUAAGACUUUAACACUAAAUAUGGAUAUGAAGUUAUAUUUUAUAACUUGUGUAUACCUGAUUCUUUUUAUUGACAGUUUUGCUGCAAAUACCUUUAGUAAUCAGCAGGAUGGACUUCUUUCCUGUGUAUCGGAUGAUGACAUUUACGUAUGUUACAAUACAGAAACAGAGAAAUAUUACAAUAUACCCAAAAUGAAAAUGGACGAACUAUUAGAAUCAUCCGUAGACCAACAGUAUAAUAUACAAGAGGACUUAGAUGACAAUUAUAGCAUAGGGGAAAGUCUAAGCAAUAACGUGCCAACAACGAAGAGAGCGUAUAAACGGCCAUCAUUUCUAGGAUUGAAUCGACCAUCCAUGACACUGUAUGAUUUAUUUGCUAACUAUAGACGACAACCACAUAGCCGCAGAUCAUUCACAUCAUUUCGGAAAAGGCCUUUCGAUUCCAUAUCAUACCGAGGACGAUUCGGAGGUUUCGGACGAAAACGAUGAUGAAGAGGCAUUCGAAAUGAC